AGCCUCUUGUUGCUGAGGCUGCAGCACAAAUUCUCAAUCACUCCAAGAUCAAAUUCAGUGAAAACCUUGAACCACUUAUCAGCUUCAUUCGAGAAGGGUUAGUGGAACCUGGUCCAAAAGGGGAGCUGACUGUUCGGAUCUUGCUUACAUUGGCAUGGGAUCACACCAUCCAUCAAAAACAAGCAGACUCUCUGGACUUUAUGUACACAUGUCCCUUGACUGUAAAGGAGUAUCUGUCAGCACUGAUGGUGGACCUCAGCAGUCUGAAAGGCCAGAUCAGCCCUGAAAACUUGCAGGUUUUAUUUGAUGGCCUUGUGUUUUUCACACAUUUCAUUGCUAUAGAACGAGGGAUAACAAAGGAAAGCCUACUACUACAUUGUUUUUUCUGUCAUGGUGCAGCAAUUCAAUGCCAAUGUGGACAGAGUGUGAUAGACCAUGGGAUUCCAGUUAUACUUGCCAAUGGCGAGUUUACAUACAUUAUUAUCCAAACCCACAACUACAAUUUUAGUGAUCCCAAUAUAAUGUUCACAAGUACUGUAAUUACCCCACAGGCUGCUGGAGGUGAGAUCAAGAAUCUAUAUCUAAAGAGGGUUGAACAGGGAAUUCAAGGUGACAAGUCAAAUAAUAAUAAAUCCAAAUGUCAAGCUCAGUUAGAACAAGCUCUUACAAAUGAAGACAUUGUAACUGCAAAGAGCUGGGCAGAUUAUCAGCUGAUUGUGGGAUUAUUUGGCAUCACAGAGGAUGUAUAUCCAUUUCUCCAUGUUGACAGUACUAGUACUAGCAAACAUACAUUAUCAAGAUCUUCACUUUCAAAAAAAGAACUACUUCAGAAGUUGUCAAAAACGUGGACUGAUCCAAUGUCUUGUGCUGAAGGUGACAAAAAGGAGGUGGUGAAACAGAUGAUGCCACUUGUACUUGUAUGGGAAGGUGGAGUCAGCAAAAAAGUAAAUGCCAGGCAAUGUAACAUGGAAAGACAAAAGAAAAUAAAGGGUGUUACUACAGUGCACCACUGUGUGCUUUAG